AUGCGCCACCUGUACCGGGACUCAAAGCCCAGGCCGCCCGCGCUGCCCGGGGACGCACAUGCCACCCACAGCUCGGGGAAGGCCUACGAGGAGCUGAAGCAGGAGUGCCUGCGCAGGGGGGUCCUCUUCGAGGAUCCCGACUUCCCCGCCUGCAACUCCUCUCUCUUCUUCAGUGAAAAGCCACCUAUUCCCUUCAUCUGGAAGAGGCCCACAGACAUUGUCAAAGACCCCAAGUUUAUCCUUGGAGGAGCCACAAGAACUGACAUUUGCCAAGGGGAUCUUGGUGACUGUUGGCUAUUAGCAGCCAUAGCUUCUCUCACACUGAAUGAAAAAACACUAGCAAGAGUGGUGCCACUGGAUCAAAAUUUUGGGCCAGAUUAUGCUGGAAUAUUUCACUUCCAGUUUUGGCAGCACAAUGAGUGGCUGGAUGUUGUGAUUGAUGACCGAUUACCCACCUUCAAAGGCCGGUUGGUUUUCCUGCACUCAGCUGAACACAAUGAAUUUUGGAGUGCCUUACUAGAGAAAGCCUAUGCCAAGCUGAAUGGCAGCUACGAGGCUCUGAAAGGAGGCAGUACAAUAGAAGCCAUGGAGGAUUUCACUGGCGGUGUAGGAGAAAUGUAUGAGGUUAAGAAGGCUCCUGACAAUUUCUAUGAAAUCCUAGAAAAAGCUCUGAAAAGAUGCUCAAUGGUGGGCUGCUCUAUUGAUAUCAGCAGCGCUGCCGAGUCAGAAGCCAAAACCCCCUUUGGCCUUAUAAAGGGCCAUGCUUACUCUGUGACUGGCGUCAAUGAGGUGAACUAUCGGGGCCAGCAAGUGCAGCUGAUAAGGAUAAGGAACCCCUGGGGACACGUUGAGUGGAAUGGCCCUUGGAGUGACAACUCUCUGGAGUGGCGUUCAGUAAGCCCAUCAGAGCAGCGACACCUAUCUCAGGCAGCACUGGAUGAUGGAGAGUUCUGGAUGACAUUUGAAGACUUCAAAGUGCAUUUUGAUAAAGUUGAGAUCUGCAACCUGACUCCAGAUGCCCUGGAAGACAGCACUGCCCACAAGUGGGAGGUGACUAUCCACCAGGGGAGCUGGGUCCGGGGAUCCACCGCAGGAGGAUGUAGAAAUUUUCUAGACACUUUCUGGACAAAUCCACAAAUCAAGCUACGUUUGACAGAGAAAGAUGACGGACAAGAUGACUGCACAUUCAUAGCAGCGCUGAUGCAAAAGGAUCGCCGUAAACUCAAGAAGCUUGGCGCUGAAAUGCUAACCAUUGGCUACUCUAUUUAUGAGAGCCCUGGCAGAGAUGGACACUUGGGCAAAGACUUCUUCAGGUACCACCCCUCCAAGGCCAGGAGCAAAACCUACAUUAAUUUAAGGGAAGUAUCUAACCGAUUCAAGCUGCCGCCAGGUGAUUAUGUUCUUGUUCCGACCACAUUUGAGCCGCACCAGGAGGCAGAUUUCUGCCUGAGGAUUUUCUCUGAGAAGAAGGCCAUCACUGAGGAUCUAGAUGAAAAUGUUGCCAUUGAUCUCCCCGAGCCUCUAAACCCAAGCCCACAAGAAACUGAAGAAGAAAAGCAGUUCCGGGCACUGUUUGAGCAGAUUUCAGGAAAGGACAUGGAGAUAGCUGCAGAAGAACUGGAGUAUGUUGUGAAUGCUGUAUUAAAAAAAACAAAGAACAUCAAAUUCAAGAACUUAAGUCUCAUUUCGUGCCGAAAUAUCAUUUCUCUUAUGGAUACCAGUGGCAACGGGAAACUGGAAUUUAGUGAGUUCAAAGUCUUCUGGGAAAAAAUGAAGAAAUGGAUAAAUAUCUUUCUCCUAUUUGACUUUGAUAAAUCUGGUACCAUGUCCUCCUAUGAGCUUCGCAGUGCUCUUAAAGCUGCAGGAUACCAACUCAACAACUACCUACUGCAGCUGAUUGUCCUCCGAUACUCUGAUGAAGAGUUCCAGAUUGAAUUUGAUGAUUUUCUGAACUGUUUAAUUCGCUUAGAGAAUGCAAGUCGAGUAUUCCAAGCACUGAGUGUGAAAAACAAGGAGUUCAUUAACCUGAAUAUAGGCGAGUUUAUCAACCUGGCAAUGAACAUCUGA